AUGGGGAGCACAAGCACGAGCUCUGCUGCUCUAAUCCACCAUUUCCGGCUCACCAGUCGCAACUUGGGUUCGCCAGGGAAGCGUCCUUACACUGUGAAUUUCUGCAAUUCGUGGAGGGAAACUGGACUCCGAUACGGUGUGACGCGACGACGCUGGAGCAAAGGCUCAGGCCCGGUGGUUCGCUUGGCAGCUCUGAAAGAAGAUUCUGGCGAUUCACCAGCGGAGACCACUCCUGGCGUUGGCUCUGCUGUAGAAGACAGACCAGGUAUUAAAACUCCAGCUGUGGAAGAUUCAUCCUUUGAGCAAGAUGAAAAGGCGAGUUCGAUCUAUGAGUUUCUGUAUCCCCGUAAAGAAGAGCUCCCUGAUGACAAAGAGAUGACUAUAUUCGACCACCUGGAGGAGCUCCGGGAGAGAAUAUUCGUCUCGGUUUUGGCUGUGGGAGCUGCAAUCACGGGAUGCUUCGCCUUCUCCAAAGACCUAAUCAUAUUUCUUGAAGCUCCUGUCAAAACUCAGGGUGUACGAUUUCUGCAGCUAGCUCCAGGCGAAUUUUUCUUCACAACUUUAAAGGUCUCGGGUUAUUGUGGGCUUCUACUAGGGAGCCCAGUGAUCCUGUAUGAGAUUAUAGCUUUUGUACUUCCUGGUCUGACACGAGCUGAGAGAAGGUUCCUGGGACCAAUAGUGUUUGGUUCCUCGUUGCUGUUCUAUGCUGGACUUGCCUUCUCCUACUGGGUCUUAACCCCUGCAGCCUUGAAUUUCUUUGUGAAUUACGCAGAAGGGGUGGUGGAAUCUCUGUGGUCUAUCGACCAGUACUUUGAGUUUGUGCUAGUGCUCAUGUUCAGCACUGGCCUGUCUUUCCAGGUUCCAGUAAUCCAGUUACUCCUAGGACAAGUAGGUGUGGUGUCGGGAGAUCAAAUGCUUUCGAUUUGGAGAUAUGUGGUGGUGGGUGCUGUAGUUGCAGCAGCUGUACUCACGCCUUCGACAGACCCUGUUACUCAGAUGCUCCUAGCAACGCCGCUUCUGGGGUUAUACUUGGGUGGUGCAUGGAUGGUCAAGCUCACAGGUCGGUGA